AUUCAGGCCCUUUGCAGCGACGGCACCGAAAAACCGGUGACUGCCACGAUGUUCCCUCCGUUCGAUCCAAGCAUCCGCAAUUACCAGGUCUCACUAAAUGCAGACGAGGUGCAUAGCUGGUGCUCAGAUGCCGAGACGGAAGCAGUCUUGAGGAUUGCCGUCACGGCCGACGCCUCCAGUAGCUUUGCCAGCGUCACGGCGCCCGAGGUGCAGAGCAUGGUCCAACAGCUGAUGGAUGCGAACGGUCUGUUGCCCACGGGGGUCGCCACCUCCACGACUCUGCAGGUUGCAGUCACAGUGGACCCUGCAAACUCCGGAACCAGUUCACCGGUGCCUUACACGAUCACCUUCGUCCUAGGCACCUUGGAUCUGCGCAUCGAAACCAGCACCCUGCAAUCGUUGAUUUCCUUCGAUGAGACGAAUAGCGCCAGCUUUAGCAUCUCUGUGCCAAGCACUUUGGCAGCAGAGUCUGUCGGUUUGCGCUUGGGACCUUACCAACAGGCCCUGACAUUGGUGAGUUCCGAAGCCGUGGCAGACAGUGUUCCGCCCAGGAGCCUCUUGACCUUCAACAUCGAUAAUGUCGUGGCCAUGGGCUCCGAGUUGCCGGUGAUCAUCACUGUACAGCCUCCCGCUGGAAGUUCACAUCCUACUUUGGAUGUGCGGACGGGUUCAACGGUUUCCACAAACAUGCCAGUAUUCACUGGAUUUGAGACGAAUCAAUUCGACGGCACAGUGUCCAUGACGGCGCCGAGCACUCUCACCGUCUCAGGGACGAACCUGGUGGUCCCCGUGACCGGCGCUGAUUCGAUCUUUCCGGAAAUUUUCAUCGCCAGCCUUCCUGUGUCUUGCAACACACCGGAAUGCCAAGAGCAAACACUUCAGUCCUUGGUGGCCUCAGGAGAGACCAACUUAUGCAGCGACACAGUGAUUACUCAGGAGAACCGCUUGUCUUGCAUUAUUCAACCAACAGGCGCGGGAAAUCUGGGUCUCUGCCUGCUGAUCCACAGCGGCAUCUUCUCCGAUUGGAGCUGUGGAACCGUGGCACCGCCUGGUACGGUGCAAGUGGAAGUUCCGGAAGUUGGAGGUAUCAGCGUGCCUGAGCAGAGCAUGACUGGUUCGGAGCCCUUCAUCGUCACUGUGGAUGGCGAGCUGCCGCCCGAGAGUGUCUCUCAGGGUUUCUUGCAGGUCUGGGCUUCACCCUUUGACACCCCGCCAGAGGAUCCCAGCAACCCCGGCGCCGGCUUCGUUCCGCUCUGUGCAGAUGCUGUUGUGAAUGCAAACAAUGACAUCGAAUGCUUCAGAAGCCAAGACAUUCCCGUGUCGCAGCUGGGAGGCUCGGGGAACCUCUUCGUUCAAACUGGUCGAGACCAGACGACCGGUCUUCUGCCGGGCGGCCUCACCAUAAAGAAUCCCGUGAUCAACAGGGUUACGCGCAGCCACGAAUUUGAAGUCGGAGCGCUGAAGGUGAUUGUCGAGGGUUCAGACUUUGGAACCAAAGACAAUGGGAACAUGGUCUGUAACCUCGAGAGCUUCGGACCGGACACGCAGAGCUUGGCCGAUCUUCGCCUAGCAAGUGGCUUGGGAGAUCCCGGUUACAUCACUUCAUGCGAGGUCGAAUCGCACGAGGAUACGCGGGUGGUCUGCAACUGCAUCCAAUCGGGCACCCAGCAGAGUGUCUUAGGAACGCCCGUAGACCAAG